CUUGAAGCAGUCAAUUUAAUAACUUGCUUCCUCUGCUCAAUUCCAGAAUCCAUUGCACGUAUACACUUCUAGUUUCCUAUUACUCAUUUUCUACUCUGUCGCCGCUCCCCGAAAUCAUUCUUAAUAUGAAAAAUACCAACACUAAUAUUGCGAGACGUGCAUUUGCACCAUCACCAAGUAAAUCGUUAUCCACAAAACCGUAUCACUCAUCAAACCAACGGAGAUUAGUUCAAAGGAAAAAGAGUACUUAUUUUAACCGUGACUUACAGCAACAUCACUUACAAGAAGAACAUAAAGCAGAUAAGCUCACAAUUAUAACUACUCAAGAAGUUACUAAUGCAAGAGAAUGCAGCAAUAAGAAAAAGCAAAAGUCGGGCUGUAGAAACAAAAUGAAUAUGGAAGAGUAUGAAAGUGAUAUGGACGAAAUCCGGACUCCUGUUGAUUUACUAUAUUUGAGCCAAUUAAGAGAUGAAGCAUACCGAGAUUUAGAGUUAGACUAUACAACUUAUAAUCAUGAAUUAGUGUACAGGAUGCGUUCGGAGGAAAAUAAUGGUAGCAGUAGCAGCAGCAGCAGCAGCAACAGCAGUGUUGCAUCCUUUUCUGCAGCAAGCCAUAGUAAAAGCAUCCAUAACGAUCAACAAGAUGAUAUAGAUGACAAUUCCAUAGAUGGCCUUAUAGACAUAUUUGUCUCCACUUCAUCUAUUAAAGAUUAUAGUCAACUGCUGAAAUGGGAAGCUACCCAGAAUCCACCGACAUAUUUCGAGAAUGAAGAAGACUACGGAAAUCUUUUUUGA